GCGCUAUGUGGCGUGUGUGAAUAGCAGCAAUUUCAGUUCUGAAUAAAAAAUCAAGUGGGAAGUGGAAGACCACUUUUUGUGGCUAUCCAUGGUUGGGUUUUGAAGGAUACAAGAAGAUGGCUAUAUCUAUAAACCCCAUCAUUAGCUUCAGCUCAACGAAGUUGGAAACAAAGUAUCAGGAUGUAUCAAGAUAUUCUGUUGGAGCUUCUUUACCAAAGGCCACUCAGUUUACACCCUUCUUGGUAAUGCCUAAAUCAAGAAUGCUUGUCAAGGAAAAAAGAUUUGGUCAUUGUUUUUCAGUGGCAGAUAGUGAUCAGCUUGCAGCAAACAACAGUAGUAAGGAUUUUGGCAAUGCUGAAAAUUCACCAGCCAAUGAUCAGUUAGCAUCCACAAAUCCUCCAGAUGAAAAUUCCCAGUUGCAAGCUAAAGUUAAUGCCACCGAAUCAGAAUCUCAAACAUCAGAGAAUUCCAAUGGUUCAAUUAACCAAGAUCAAGGGUCAGAAGCAUCUCCUAAUUCACAAUCUGCAACCAAACGGCCUUCCCUGGCUGCAAGAGAGAAGCUAAGGGCAGCUCGAGUCCUUAGCCGAUAUGCGCAACCAAAAGCAUCUAAACAAGACAUGAGCAGCAGAGUGUUGGAAGCUUUAAAAGAAGGUGACAAAGGGAAGAAAAAAUCUGGUCUUCCUGAAGCCCCUACCAAUUUGUUUGAUGAUAGCAAAAGAGGGAUUUCGGAGGGCUUUACUUUCCAAUUUCCCGGAGGUUCUGAUGUGUUCAUCAUUGUCUUCUCAUUUGUUUUUAUCAGUACAGUGAUGUUUGCAACAACUUACAUUGUGUGGAAACUUGGUGCAAUCCAUUUUAAUGAGUACUAAGAUAAGGUGUUUAGAGUUCAUAAAUAUAGAUAGCUCAUUUAUAUAUUUAGGCAAGCUGUAGCUUCUUCAAACUUCAUGAACUGAUGAUGUUUAAUGAUCAGUUUUCACAUUUUAGGUGCUGAGAUCCUGUUUCUCUUUUUAUUAUUUUCAAUUGUUGUUAUUGCUAUUUUAUAAGCUGAGAGAUAUUUAAUUCGGAGAAGAUGUAGAAUACAACAUAUAAGGUCCCUCUUGAGGCUCCUUUUUUUUUUUUAAUUGUUUUUUAUUGAUUCUGCU